UUUAGAUGGCAAAGUUACUCGUCACAGGGAUCCUUUUGGUGGUCGGCGUGGCAGCAUGGGUCAGUGCACAAGCGCCAAGCAUCCCUCAAUUGGAUCCCAAUGAGUGGUGGGGUCCAAGUGAUAAGAAGGGCACCGUGGACACAUCCAUCAGACCCUUCCAAGUAACGUUCCCUGAAGAGAUGAUCGAGGAUCUAAAAGAUCGUCUGCUGAAUCACCGUAAACCCGCUCCACCCCUGGAAGGCAUCGGCUUCCAAUACGGCUUCAACUCCAACGAGUUACCAACCUGGGUGGACUACUGGGCUAAUGAGUACAACUUCACACAGAGGGAGGAGUACUUCAACCAGUUCCCGCACUAUAAGACUAACAUACAGGGUCUGGAUAUACAUUUCAUCUGGAUAAAGCCUCAGGUACCUGAUGGCAUAACUGUGGUCCCCCUACUCCUGCUGCAUGGAAGGCCAGGCUCCGUGCGCGAGUUCUACGACGUCAUCCCCGUAUUGUCCCAACCCUACGAGGGGUACAAAUUUGUGUUCGAGCUGAUCGUUCCAAGCUUGCCUGCUUUUGGAUUCUCUGAUGCACCAGCCAGACCAGGCGUAGCACCACCACAAAUAGCAGUCAUCUUCAAGAACCUGAUGGCCAGGCUUGGCCACGACAAGUUUUACAUCCAGGGUGGAGAUUGGGGCUCCAUAAUCGGCAGUGCCAUAUCAACGUUAUACCCAAAUAAUGUGUUAGGGUACCAUUCCAAUUUGCUACUAGUACAGAACAGUUGCACGGAAACCAAAACUCUCAUCAGAACCAUGGUUGCCUCCCUGCAAGUGACUUCAUCAGAAGCCGCCAAAAUCAAGAACCUGACAAACACCAUAGAAGAGACUGGUUACAUACAUGAGCAAGCCACGAAACCUGAAACGUUGGGUGCUAGCCUCUCAGACUCAGCGGUUGGUUUCCUCGCCUACAUGCUGGAGAAGUUCUCCACUGGCACCAAGUUGGAGCACCGUAACGAGGCUGACGGCGGUCUCUCCUACCGCUUCUCCAAGGACGAGCUUCUCGACAACAUCAUGGUGUACUGGAGCACCAACACCAUCACCACCUCGAUGAGGAUAUAUGCAGAGUUCUUCAGUAAUAAGAACAGAAUUUUCGCCAUUGACGAAUACCCAACCCCAGUGCCAACCUGGAGCAUCCAGGCCAAGAAUGAGUUUCUGGGCAUGACGAAGAGCAAGCUGAAGUACCCCAACCUUCUCGACGUAACACUCCUGGACGACGGAGGACAUUUCCUGGCCUUCGAGCUGCCUCAACUCUUCGUCAAAGACGUCUUCCGAGGAAUGAAAAUGGCAAAGUUAUGGAGCCUAGCCUUGGUAAUUACCGCAACAGCAUGGCACAGCAAUGCACUGCCCCAACUGGACCACGACGAGUGGUGGGGUCCACAAGAUUUGCUGACGGAUGCAACUCAGUUGCAGUCCAGAAGGUCUAUCAAGCCCUUCAAAGUUCAAUUCGGACAAGAGAUGAUUGACGAUCUGAGGAGACGUCUCCAAAACCGCCGCAGCUUCGUCGCCCCACUCGAAGGCACCACCUUCGACUAUGGCUUCAACCCGAACCAAAUUGACACCUGGGCGAACUACUGGGCGAAUGAUUACGACUUUGCAGAGAGAGAAUCUUUCAUGAACCAGUUCCCGCAAUACAAGACGAACGUACAGGGCCUGGAUAUACACUUCAUUAGGGUGAAACCUGAAGUGCCAGAAGGCAUGACCUCAGUCCCUCUGCUCCUGUUGCACGGCUGGCCAGGAUCAGUGCUCGAGUUUUAUGAAGCUAUUCCUUUACUGACUAAUCCAACCGAUGGAUAUGAUUUCGUAUUCGAGGUUAUCGUUCCAAGCUUACCUGGAUAUGGAUUUUCUGAUGGAGCAGUUCGCCCGGGCAUGGGACCAGCACAAAUAGCAGUCAUCCUCAAGAACCUGAUGAAGAAGCUCGGCCACAACCAGUUCUACAUCCAGGGUGGUGACUGGGGCUCGGUCAUCGGCCGAGCUAUGGCCACUCUGUUCCAGGAUGACAUUCUGGGCUACCACUCUACAGCGCUGACUGUACUGAACAGCUGCGCAGAGCUCAGAAACUUACUUGGAGGUUACAUAGCUAUGUUGCAAGUGGAAAUUAAACAAUUCAACAGGACUGCCUUGACAAAUAUUGGGGAAGAAACUGGUUAUGUGCAUCUGCAGGCUACUAAACCUGAUUCAGUGGGUAUCAGUCUCUCAGAUUCACCAGUUGGUCUUAUGACCUGGAUACUGGAGAAGUUCUCCACGUGGACUCGGUCAGACAACCGCUUCCUGGCAGACGGUGGACUCUUCAACACCUUCACUCAAGAGCAGCUGAUCGAUAACAUCAUGGUGUACUGGAUCACCAACUCUAUGACGACUGCGAUGAGACUGUAUGCUGAGUACUUCAGUAAUAGCCAUCGAGCUUUGGAUAUAGACGAAUACCCCACCAAAGUGCCAGUAUGGAACGUCCAGGCGCCUUUCGAUUUAUUCCCCCAGCCACUGAACAAGAUGAAGUUCCUCAACGUUCAAGGCAUCACCGUGUUGACUGAGGGAGGACACUUCUUGGCCUUCGAGCUACCAGAAGCUUACAGCGCAGACGUAUUCAAAGCUGUCAAAGCAUUUAUAGAUUUCCAAGAGGCCAGAACGGAUUUGUGA